GUUUGCUAAAGAACUACUUCCCAAAUACUUCAAACACAACAAUAUUUGCAGCUUCAUACGUCAGCUCAAUAUGUAUGGGUUCAGGAAAGUGAUUGCCUUGGAGAAUGGUAUGAUUACAGCAGAGAAGAGUGCAGCCAUUGAAUUCCAGCACCCUUUCUUUAAACAAGGGAAAGCAAACCUACUGGAAAACAUCAAACGAAAGGUGUCUGCAGUGAGAGCGGAGGAUCUCCGAGUCUGUUCGGAAGAUUUACACAAAGUGCUUUCUGAAGUCCAGGAAAUGAGGGAGCAACAGAACAACAUGGAUGUCAGACUGGCUAGUAUGAGGAGGGAAAAUAAAGCCCUGUGGAAAGAAGUGGCUGUUCUAAGGCAGAAGCACAGCCAACAACAGAAGCUGCUGUCUAAGAUCCUUCAAUUUAUACUAAGUUUGAUGAGAGGAAACUACAUUGUGGGAGUCAAGAGAAAAAGAUCUCUACCAGAUGUCUCAGGUGCCUCACCUUCCAAAUUCAGCCGGCAGUAUAUUCACCUACCUGUGGAGCAUGGCAAUGCGGUGGCUAUUUCUGAACAUGAUCCAAACAGUGAAAAUGAUACAGGCAUCAUUAUUCAAGAUAUCACCAACACUGUGGAUGAUGCCACUGAUGGGCUGCUCGCUCUAGUGCAUACAAGCGGAAGUGAUGGAGAGCCCCAUACUGGUCAAGAACAGGAUCUGCCUGUCUGCGAAGCAUCACAGUCCAUUGAGUUAAGUCAUGCAGAACCAGACUGUCCAGCCCAAGUUGCUGACAAUCCCCUCGAGUCCAGUGCAGUAGGAAAUGAUGCUGUAGAGCUGCAUUCUGCACAAGUUAAUGCUCCCGAAGAUCCUGCAUCAGUGAUUGAUUCCAUCUUGAAUGAGAGCAACUCCACUACUCAAAGCGAUGCUUUUCUGGAGAGGGAAGAGAUUCAGGAUUUUCUGAAUUGUAUUGAUGCCAGCCUUGAGGAGCUCCAGGCAAUGCUGUCUGGGAAGAAAUUUAACUUUGGCUCUGAAUCCUUUAGUGAUACUUUCAAUCCUGAGCUCCCAGCCCUGGACACGAACUUGACAGAUGCUUCAUCCAAUGUGGAAAAUAUUGAGGACUUGACGGACAGCGUUGAAGAGCUAGGAACAAGUGAGCAGGAAACAGGAAACAAAGACAUGCAGCUGAUACAGUACAGGGGCAACCCUCUGCUUUCGUUAUUCGAAGAACUGCCUUCUGUUGAAGGUGCAGGGAAGAUGGAGGAUCCUAAAGAUCUUCUCCUGUCCUCACUGGAGGAGAAACCCGCUAUCUCUCUUCCCUCAAGUAGCGAAGCAGCUUCACCACUGGCAGCUCCAGCAAACCAGGCUGAAUCCCUCGAUACCUUGGAACUGUAUGAUCAGCCUCUGCUUUCAGAAGACGGAAAUGGAGAGUAUAAAUUAUUUCCCCUCCUGCUUCUCAGUCCUGUUGCUAACUUUAUAGAAGAGGCCUCUGAGAUAGAAACUGCUUGAGAACUUGCACAAAAUCUUUGUACUGUCAGCUUCCCGGUGUAAAAUAUAGAGAUGGUACAAGGUUCAGUGAGAAGCUUCUCUUCCCUUCCCCUCACCUCCCCCCGAGCCUAAUAUGCAAAGAUAAUGGAAGGUCUCUUAAAAAUGCAAAAGCAGUUCAUGCGAGAAGCUGAAAGCAAUGUCAAAACAAGAACUGCACAGCACUGAAGGCAUUUGGAAGAGGAGCAAAUGUCACCAAUAUAUUGCACUGUAAUAUGUAAAAAAUUUUAUAUUGUUGCAAAAGGAAAUCUGUAUCCUAUUGUAAAGUUGGGCUGUACUUUUUUUAACUGUCCUGUCACAUCCUAUUGACUAUUGCAACAUGGGACUUACCUGUUCUGAGUCUCUUUCAUUAGGUGGCUUGUCUCUUGUUAGAACUAGAUUUUUUUAACAUUUGAAAAGAUGGAAUAUAUUUUAUUUGUCUGCUGUUAAGAUUGUUUGCAUCUACCUAUGUCACUUUUUUCUAAUCUUAGAUUUGCCCCUAGGUAUUAAUAUAGGCAAAAUUAUUUUCUUAUGGAAAACAGUGUUUUUAACAUGGAGUAUUACUUUUUAAUAAGCUAACAACCAUCCCUUGACCAGAGUUCUUAAGUGUUCUGUUAGUUAACUGAUUUCUUGUGCACAAUGCAUGGCAGCUCCUCUGGCGUAACUUGGACAUAGCAUACGCAUGGAUCACUUGUCCUCAGUAGUUGGGGAUCUGAGAAGUCCAGAAGGUAACAGAAGUCCAGAAACUGACCUUGCGUGAGCAAAGAGCACAGUUUGACAUUUUCCUGCACCUGUUGUUACAAAACUUGAGCUCUGCCUUGGCUCACUUGGGACAAAACUGAAAGAGCCACAUGGUGAUUUUUCAUUAACUUAAAACAAUUCCUGUACACUGCUCUCUUCCACCCAUGACAUCUCCCCGUUCGUGCAGCUGCACUCAUACACUGGACCUGAUUCUGCCCUCACCUAUAUCUGAGGCUUGGUGUACUGGGAAAUCUGCACAUCUUUGGCAGAAUUUUGUCCUUAGCCGAUGUCCUCUAUUCCCAAGUCUCUUCCUAAGGGUUCUAAUUACAAGACUAUAUUUUUCUCCUGUAAAAAUAACGUGUUCAGCACCUUUAAACCCGUUCCCAUGUUGGAUAUUAAAAAACAAGGGUGGUGUCAAAAAUAUUUUUCCCCUGAGCACUGAAACAACCCUCCUGUACUCUCCUGCUGGCCACUGCCUGUGAUCAGCUGUGAUGUAGAGAGCCACAUUUAGCCGCUGGUAUAACCUAAUGCUUCUCCAUUGAUAUCCAACUUCUAACCUGCUUGUGCUCAGGCUGGAUGUGGCUCAUAGUCUUUAAAUGGACAAUAUCCUGAACCAGCAAAACAGCUGGGAGCUAGCUGGAGACAACUAAUUCGAUAAUAUGAUGCAAUUCCAUUGGAAAGAAUGGCAAUUACUGUGAAAUAACUUUACUUUGUGUUAAGUUUGUAAUUAACUUGCAUUCCCAACGCUCUAAAAUAUUCUAAAUCAUAAAAGUGCCUGCUCAAGAACCCGAGCUGUUUGAAUGAUAGGCCUAAACACAACUGUUCCAUAUUUAUUUGGACAGUGACCAAUGACGCCAGAUACAUUAUUUUCAGAUAGAGUUAAUUUGCAGCUCCAGCCUGUCGGAACCUGGUUUGUAGCUCCUUCUGUUCUCAGAGUCUUGAGUUAAAUGAGGAAGCGGCUGUUUCUAAAGUUGUGUAACUUACAAAAGGACUGGCCUAAACCAACAUUUUGAACUGUCCUCUACCUAGGUGAUGUUUCAUGUUCGUAUCUCUUUAACUGCUGGUUGUUAAGUGUGCAGGAUCCCAAGCUCUUGUUAGAAAGAGCUGAAUGGGCCAAAACCUUUCUUGGGUUUGAAAAAGCUUGCUUGGUUGGUUUUUGGUUUUUGUUCUGUUUUCACAGAUUUUUGCAAUCCUUACCUUUGGCCAAAAAUAGCAAAAUAGUACAGACCAGACCGUUCUAGUGCAAUUUCAAACUCCACAGUUCAGGAAAUGUGGAUGUUCUUGUAUCAUUUUGAUUUGAACAUCUGUACUUCCUGCUACUGAUCUCUCUUGAGAUCACCCAUCGUGAAUGUACCUUGCAUUAGCAGCGCCAAGCAUUUAUUCAAUCUGAGGGUUUAGAUCAAGUUCAUUUCUUGUUUAUUUUUUUCUCCACAUUUUUUUUCCUUGAGACUGUGCUUAGAAAGCUUGAGCCAAAAAACCUAGGUUUAAAAAUGGAAACAGAAAACGUGGACAGCUUUUUUUGUUGGUGGUGAUGAGGUCUUGGAAAUGUGUGAACUUGUGCAAGCUUCCUGGCACCAGCAUAUGCCGGAUGUGAGAAGGGUGGGUAGCAAGGGAGGACUAUGAGUUGAAGUAAUUAAAUUCUGGGAUUGUAAAAUCA